AUUCUUGUUAACCAGUCAAAGCAUUGAUAAACAGAUGCAUGCUAGUUUGAGCUGCUGCGCCCAAAACUGGUUGAAAGUUUUCGUGUCAAAGCAACACCCGAUCUCAUGUGACGCUCAGGAGGGACGUUUUGAAGAAGAGUUCGGGCGUAAAACAUUCUGGGGCAAGCCAGCAUCGAACUCCUUGGCAGAGACGCUGGGAAGUAAGCCCACGCAUAUCAGUUUUAGGAGUGAAUCUUGGCCCUACAGCAAAGACCUUUUUUCUGUUUUGUUAAAGUACAUGUACAUGUAACGAGCGGAUGUCCGCCAUUACAAUGUCCGCUGAGGACUCAUCGGAGGAGAUGUUAAUGAUGUAAAUUAUUUGCGCCAGAAAAGAGAUUCGAUGAAAAGAGGCAUCAUCGCUUCAGUCAUUUUAAUGAAGAUGAACCACUAGAGCUCUCGGCAAAAAAAAUCAUCUCAGAUCCGACGAUAUUUUUGGCCAUUUUAGCUUCUGCAACACGACGAAGAAGGCCACGACGCCUAGGACGCUAUCUGCCAAGUUAUUUAUUUAACAAUCUCGAUGACGAGAAACAAAAGCAGUCCAUCAGACAACAGCGUGAUUCACUGGCAGACAACGGGUAGUCAAGGCCGGGGUCUCCUCGAAGUCUGUAGGUGUGAAGGUGUUUGCAUGUUACGUCGAUUGGUCAGCCCUGACAUUGUUGCCAUUGUGCGUCUAUAACUACCGGAGUCACGACGCAUUGCCAUUUCUGGAGGCUUGCCAUGAUUCCAACAUUUACAUUUUUCAUGUUUGACAAGAAAGCGGGUCUCUUGUUCCCGUACUGUGUUUUCGUUGGUGUUCUCUUGUUCUACAGUUAUCAUCCGGUAAAUGGUGAUGUCACGUUGGAAGCCAGCGCGUCGCAGAGUCACCCAAUGGAGGGUCACUCCACAUCGCUGAUUUGCCGAGUCCGCAGCAUGAAUCAAUCCCAAGUCAUAAUGUGGAGCAAAGACCAGCGGUCCAUAACCUGGGGAGACACCAUGGGCCAGAUGAUGUCUUCCCGGUUCGAGCUGGACAUGACCAGUGUGAACAUCACCGCGGGGAUGUUGACCAGCUACACCCUGACCAUCAGUGAAGUCACCAGAGACGACGACGGCCGCUACGAGUGCCAGGUUCUUCAAGAAAACGAGUACGGUUACUCGGCAAUGGCGUCGGAGACUGUAGUCAUAUCGGUGCUAUACUUCCCGUCAAGCAGCUAUCCGUACUGCUCGCUGAACGGCAGCCAAACUCUUCUCACGGGGACAGAGUUGACGGUAACCUGCGUCUCUGAAAUCGGUAACCCCCAAAUCAGUGCCAUGUGGGUGACGGAAGAUGGCCCCUUUCCCAAGCCCGUGUACCACACGGUCGAAUCUCCUAGUAUGAUGGUGUCUGAACUCCAGUUGGCAGUAGCGCAUGAUCUCCAGGGCGCCACGUACGUUUGCCGAGUGACCAGCCCGGCGUACCCAGAAUCCGACCGAACCUGCUCUCUGGGACCGCUGCGGAUCAUGGACUGGCCAAUUGUGAAGGUCGUGCGCAGUCUGGAGCGGGUGAACCUGGGAGACGACAUUCACUUCCUGUGCAGCUCGGACCCAGCGGUGCCCACUUUGAGUUGGGAAACCAUCCCAAAAAUCGACCCGCACAGAUUGGAGGAAAUGGAUGGCGGCGCGAUCCUAACGAUCCGUAAUGUUCAACGGGGAGACAAUAUGACCAGCGUGGUAUGUCGAGUCCCUUACCGAGACACUUACGUGGAGUCGCGCAGUACCAUUGUUCUGAACGAGUCACCACAUGUUCUACCUACCCAAUCAUUUCAUGCAACUUCACGAAUCUGCGUUCCGUGGUUUGCGGCUUUCCUCUUCACAGUUGUUGUUAACUUUACCCUGUGCGCCUUCAUUGUCCGGCUUCUCAUGAGAGUCAAUAGGCUGACCUCCCAACUUAACGCUCCCAGAAAAGGUGAGCCAGACCAGGAAUCAUUAAGGGACGUCGGCAGGGGGCCGACGCUGCGCUCCAAGAGAGAAAGCGUUCUGACUUGGCCUGCGUCACUUAACAGCAAUUCUUCAAACUGGUCCAUGAGGUCGGAGACACAACUGAGGGACCAAAGACGCCAGUCCUGGUUCUAUCUUCCACCGCCUGGGGAUGAUUCUCUGGAUACCGCCACAACGAGACCGCAGACUUAUACCGAGCUGCUAUCGGAUACCCUGGGGAAAGUAAAAUCUCAGAAGAAACCACGUAAGGCUGUCUCUCUCCAAAACAUACAUCUCACGGACAGCGACUCCUACGUGACACCGAAUACCCGUUCCAAGCCAAGGGCAAAGUCUGCAUCUUCAUCACAACCAAAGAGCAGCAGGCAAAAUGGAAAUUCCACGACUGGGCCAGCAUCAAAAUCGAGGAACAGUUCCAACGAGGGAAGCAUCGGGACCAUCGGUCAUCUUCCCAUGCAGCAACCCAGUGCAGUCGAGAGGUCUUCGUAUAUGGACCUCAACGACACAACCAAAGACUCUCCUCCGCCGAGACAAACGUAUCAAGCCCUAAAGAAGACGCCCAAUUCGUCCAGGUACGCUCCUAAGCUAUUGAAAUCCUCCAUGAAGGCAAACUCAGAGAACCGCUCGACAAGGAAGAAAUCUACCACCUUCGACAUGGACGACAUGAUGGGCGACAGCGGCAUAUAUGGAGAGGGAAGCAUGCUUUCGACCGACCACGGCAAACCGGCUCAGCGACAGGAUUCCCUGAUAGGGGAGAGCGCGUCGUACAUGCCUUUGGGUACCGUACCCAGCAGACAUUCUGCGGCAUCACUCAACCAUCACCGAUCGGGGACAAUGAGCAGCGAUAGCAGCACUGACGCACAUUGCCCAAGCUAUAGUGUGCCUCCUGCUGCUGGAACCUCGGAUGACGGUAUGGGAGAUGCUAUCUACAAAACGUCCCCAGACACCAAGGCCGGAGGAAAAGGUCCCACACGCCCUCAGUCCCGUGCUACCGUGUCUUCAAGAGCACCCAUGCCUGCCCCAACUGCUUGUGAUCCAGAAAGGGCGGAUUUAUCCUCAAAUGAGGAGUCCUACAGGGAGCCUUAUUCCGCCGCCAACGGCAAGAACCCUGUGUACCACACACUGGAACCGGACCAGGGUUCGUACAACUACGGUGCCGACAUCAGCUCCGAGAAUGAGUCCUAUCAAGGGCCCGAUCCCGACUGGCGACCUGCUGAUAAAACUUCGAAAGCCGUACGGUCAGUUCGCAUGUCUUCUUCCACCUCCGAGACCUCCUACCUAGAGCUCCCGGACGUCGAUGGGGAGAUCAAAGGUUACAUAGACAUGACUAAGGUGAAAUCUGACCAACUCCAAGCGCCAUCAAAAGUCACGAAGGCGCCGUCAAAGGUCACCAAGAAGAUCGUCUGGUCAGAUUCCGAGGGCUCGUUAAGUGAAUACUACCAGCCGAUGGACGGGGCUCUACAGAGCAGCGAGUACGCCGUACCUCCUUCCAACAAACCGAAGCAAGAAAAGGAACAGGAUGACUCAAAGGAAGCUAACAUCUCAGAAUCUUGUUUGAAGAAAGAACAACUGCCCUCUGCGGUUGAACGCAAACCGAAGAGAAAGGCACGCUGGAUGGGACUUUUUAAGAACUGAUGGACUGAACAAACAACCAGUGAAUGAACUGUGUACGAAGAUCAUUUGCAUGACACACCAUCGACGACAAUUAGAGGUACAUGCACCGUUUUCAUCCCCAGGGGACAGAAUGCCUAUUGGGCUGAUCUUUUAUGCAUUUAUUUGUUACAGAAAAAUUCCAAAAUGAUCGCUGGGUCUAAACUUUUUUCGGUGCUCUCUAACUUUAAUAUUAUGGUGGAGAAAAGGAAGUUGAUAAUCGAUUUUUUUAAAACAAUGUUUGACCAUUUCCAAUUCAGUAAUUCGAAUCUCCAAACAAAAAUUAGUUUAAGAACAAGCUUUAAUAAAAAAAAUAAAAAAAUUAUCCUUGUGAUUCAGUAAUACACUCUACAGUUUUGCUUUAAUCCACAACUUUUACAUUUCGACUAGGCUGCUGAGCGAAGCAAAAUUGCCUUGCUGUGGCCAAAGCCAUAUCAAUAACCGUGCUUAAAUACAUCGAAAUUUGAUUGUAUAUAAUUAUACAUGUACAUACAUUUUUACCACCAUUAAUCGGAAAUCGUUAAGGCUGUAUGUAUUGCUAACGAAUAAUUCAUGACUGAUUUACGUGCAGACUUAUUCUGAUAACAAUAUUGCAUACGUUCGUUUUACCAUACACCAUGAAUAUUAUCAGUUGUCAUAACAAAUCCAGGCAUGAUCGAUAUGUAGGAGUACCACCCUCUUUUCAAAGGUAUGUCAGUUGACGGUCAAGGUCAGUGUAAAGGGUUUCUGAGAUACCGUGCGCACAGAUGUAUUUGUUCAAAAUGCACUUGGCAACAGAUUAGGCGAUUUGAUCCUGGAGAGGAAACACGUUCACAUAUUUUGUAAACUGAUCCAUAAUCGCAUGUACGUACCAGUUGUUUUUACAAGUGUUCGGUAAUUCCGUUAUAUCCGCGAAAACACUCUGAAAGAGUCUAUUUGAGUGGGUUACUUUCUACGAGUACUUUACUCGGGCGACAGUUCCAUCAACGAUAGCUUCACGAAGCACACGCGCAGGAGACUGUCCCGGGUUUAUUGAAAGGGUUACAUGUACAAAUGUACGAAUGCUCACUGGGGGAUUUGCCAUAACGUGCCAGCCGCUACUUUUGCUGUCUACCAGGCGCUGCAGGCGAGGAUCCCCGCACAGUCAACUCUUUCCCAAGUGGAGUUCACAUUCUUGAUCUGUAAUAUGAUCGAGUUUUGGAUGCCUGGAUAAUUACAAAUGUGUUCACUGAGAAUGUUUCAAAAGUGUAUAUCUUACGGCCAAGAAGUGAGCCUAUUUAUUCUUCAGUUUAAUAAUUCUUUGCAGCUGAUUGGUCCAAGAGUAUGAAAGAAAAGCUUCCAAUGUCCAUGUUCGGAGAGAAUUGAUAAUUAACUGUAUAUUUCAUAAACAGAAAUGCAUCACUUUGUUUUCUUCACGAAAGAGUAAAGUGCUGCAUUCGUAUUUAUUCAUCUAUCAAUUAAUGUUAUUUAUGGCUUAAGAAAUUUCGUACUGCACAUAAGCGUAUGUGUAUACCUACUAAUUUUGUACACUGACCUGACAACUUUCCUUAUUUUAAUUUACCAUCUCCUUUUUAUUUGAACUUUAAUUUCUUUAAAAUUAAGUCCAUCAUAUUUGUUAAUCGAUAUACAAGUAGAUGUAUUUUGUUAGAAUAGUCAGUGCAAGUCCUACCCCGAAAAUCAGUUUGUAGAAAAUAUUACAAAAUAUUACAUUGAGCUUUUGAAUGUAUUGUUUCUUGCUUCCUAACUGUACGUGUAUACAUCAGGCACUAAUAGUGUUUAUGUAUACUAAUUGACCAUUUUUCUUUUAACGCCAGGUUAUUUUACUUGUGUACUAGUUUUUGUAAACGAAGCACGUUCAAUAGUACCGUAGGAUUUUUAUCAAUGUACAAUGUAUUUUGUUGGGACAAUAAGUGCAAGUACGACCCUAAGGUUAACUUAAACAAAAUUUCACAAAGACAUGGAGCUUUUGAACGCCAGAACACAGACAUGAAUAAUCAGUUUAGAAAAGCAACUAUCAAGGCCGUCAAAUAGACAUUAGUUUUCUGUAAGUUGGAGUAAUAAGUUUAACUUGCGAAGAUAUAGAGGUAUGUACAUGUAGACACAAUCGGAACAUAGGUUUAUUUUUCGAAUUGGUGAGUGAA